AUGAAAGAUGCGAUGGAUGCGGCAGGACAUCCCUUACCCGAUAGUGAGCGUUUAACGCCUUUUGGUAAAAUGCUACGUGCCACCAGUUUGGACGAAAUGCCAGAGCUAUGGAAUGUCAUUAAAGGUGAUAUGAGUAUCGUAGGACCACGUCCAUUAUUGAUGGAAUAUUUGCCUUUAUAUAAUAGCGAGCAAGCCAAACGCCAUGAGGUACGUCCCGGCAUCACGGGUUAUGCGCAGGCACUAAACAUGACUAAGCUUUAUGCAAUAUAUGGUAUUUCUGGUUGCGGGCGGAGCCUAAUGUCUGUAGCUCGUCAACAAUUAGCACGUCAGCAAGAGCCCGCUGAAAUUGUCUUCAUUGAUGAUGCCUUGAACGAAAGCGCUAUAGUGAAUGGUCAUCGCGCCAUGAACUACCAACAAUUUAAAGCGGAGCCUGUACCUUUCAAAGCGGUACUGAUUGCGAUUGCCAAUAGCCAAGUACGUGAAAAAAUUGCGCUGAAACUUGAGCAAGACGAUAUUUCAUUGUGGUCUGUGCAGGCGGAUAAUACGCUGCUGAUGGAUGAGGUGGAGCUUGCCGCAGGUUAUGCGUUGAGCCCUUUUGUGACAAUUACGUCCAAUAUUAAAAUUGGUAAAUGUUUUCAUGCCAAUUUAUACAGUUAUGUUGAGCAUGAUUGUGUGAUUGGAGAUUUCGUCACGUUUGCACCGGGCGUAAAAUGCAACGGUAAUAUUCAUAUUGAAGACCAUGUUUAUAUUGGUGCAGGCGCCGUGAUUAAACAAGGUACGCCCGCACAGCCUUUGGUGAUUGGUCGUGGUGCUGUGGUGGGUAUGGGCGCUGUCGUGACCAAAAGUGUACCUGCAGGUGUGACGGUGGAAAAACUCAUGUUAAACACUGCAUUUGAACCGUGGCCAAGUUUUACCCCUGCUGAAGCAGAUGCGGUGUCAAAGGUUCUUUUAUCCAAUAAAGUCAAUUAUUGGACAGGACAAGAGUGUCGUGAGUUUGAAAAAGAAUUUGCACAAUUUGCACAGACCCAAUAUGCCGUGGCCGUAGCCAAUGGUACAGUUGCGCUUGAUUUGGCCUUAAAAGCGCUUGGCGUUGGCGCGGGCGAUGAUGUGAUUGUCACUUCACGGACAUUUUUGGCCUCAGCAAGUUCAAUUGUGACAGCAGGGGCUAAUCCUAUUUUUGCCGAUGUUGAACUCGAUUCACAGAAUAUUUCACGCCGUACCAUUGAAGCUGUGCUUACUCCGAAUACCAAAGCCAUUAUUUGUGUGCAUUUGGCAGGUUGGAUGUGUGAUAUGGAUCCGAUCAUGCAGUUGGCUGAGGAAAAAGGGAUUUGGGUCAUCGAAGAUUGUGCCCAAGCCCAUGGUGCAUUCUAUAAAGGUCAAUCCGCAGGUUCAAUUGGGCAUAUUGGCGCAUGGUCAUUUUGCCAAGACAAGAUCAUGACUACGGGUGGUGAAGGCGGUAUGGUCACCACCAAUGAUAAAAAUUUAUGGAAAAAAAUGUGGUCAUAUAAAGAUCACGGUAAAAACUUUGACAGCAUUUAUAACAAACAGCACCCGCCCGGCUUUCGUUGGUUACAUGACAGCUUUGGCACCAACUGGCGCAUGAUGGAAAUGCAGGCUGUCAUCGGACGCUUACAACUCCAAAAAAUGCCAGAAUGGACGCAA